ACCUCCGACGCUUCUCGCAUCAGCAUCUCCUUGCCAUGUGUGAGCCUCGAUAGUGACCAUCAAGAACAGUACCUUACCUACCCAUCUACCUUACCUUACUUGCUGACGUGAGCCGGCACCACCACCCUUUGGCGUCAUUCAUACACCACGUCACGCGAUCCUUCCACCAUUAUCAUUCAUCCUAGCCCUGUGAAGGAAGGGCAUUGUUGUUGGAGUUAAGAGGUCGACGGGACGACAGUCGUUCCGGGGAAGUCUACGGGCAUGUCAGCCAAGUCGUCCCCAUCGCCGUUCCAGGCGCCGGCCAACAACCAAGUGGACGAAACCACGAUGCCCAAGGGCCAUUGUCGAUACAUCCUAUGCGUACCAGAGAUCAAGGGCCACCGAUGUGCCUGUGUCGGCUUCUCUCACAACAAAGGCAUUCCGGGUGCGACCUGCGAGUGUGGUCAUCUGGCCUGUUACCAUCAGAAGGAGCCAGACUCGGCAUCUGGCGACCAAAUCGAACUGCUAAGGAGGCGUAUCCAGCUGCUUGAGGAGCAGCUCGCUGGAGGUAUUGGCAGCAGGUUGUCUGACGUGGAGCACGACCUGGAGAAGACCAGAGGUAUCGUCAGCAGAUUGACGGACGUGGAGGAGACUUUGGAGAAGAGCAGAGAAGAAUUCAGUGAACAGAUCAAGGGGGCAUACCGGAAUAUGAGCAUCAGUUGGCGGUCGAUCGAGCAAAUAGAGCGCAAGACUCAACACCAGGACGAGCAACUGCGCCAAGUGUGCGAGAGGUUGGGGGCCCAUGAUGCGCAGCUUGACAGGUUGCAUGCAGGGCAGUUGGAACUCAGGGACGCCGAUAUCAGCCUCGAGGAGCGGAUCGAAAAUAUCGCCGAGACGAUGGAGGAGCUGGAGGACGCGCAGGACGCACAGGACGACCAUCUGGCCAGACUCAACGGGCGUCACCCUCGAAGAAGGUCAACAUCCGAUACAUCUCGCCCAAACUUCCCUUCAGGCCCUUUAGGCCCUUUAGGCGGUGGCGCGAAUCCCUUCGACAGUCACGGCCACUCCCAUGUAGCGCAACCACCCGUGCAAAGAGGACAUGGCGAAGGAUCCGGGCUCGACGGGACUCUGAUCUCCCACCCUACGAAAACGCCGCCGCUCUCUGCCCGGUCGACGGGUGCCUGGACCGUUCACAUCUCGCUGCUUCCCCAUGCCCGUGUGCCCAUGCCGUUCGAGAGGAAUACCAACGCGUACCAGCGAUGCCUAUCACGAGGUCUCCACCAGAUGGUGGCCGUCCAUGGGCGGGACGCUGCGUCAUUCAUCAAGGCCGUCGAGAAGGCGUUCGGCAUGUUCCUGAAAGGUCGUCCGUGGAUGCCCCUCCAAGCCAAACUCUGCGACGCCGAGCCACUCCAGGGCCUUCCGAUGUUGCGCCAGCUUGAAGCUUCCCUGGUUGACUCCAGCUACGACCACGACUUCCUCCGCCAGAACUGUGCCGUUUGCGACUCGAGUGGCAUGAUGGACUCGUUAUACAUUGCAAUGCGGCAUGACACCAUUUCAUGGCACACGCUGAGGCAUGCUCCUGUAUUCAUGGAAGAUCUCGAAGCUGCGUGGGCAUACGACCCGAUGCUCGACACGGAUCCUUUUGACGGCGAUAUGGCCGUUGACGACAGGGAGCGGCCAGCGGCCGGCGAGAUCACCACGGUAUUGCCUUCUCUGGCGCCGUCGUCCUCCCUUAAAAGGUCUCGUGCAGAGAUGUCUCGCUCCAAUAGCUUUGGGGCAGCCGCUCCUCCAGUUGACGGCGAAGCGACCCGGGCAAAGCGGACUUGCCCAGCACCACCUUCCAGCUCCAUCUUGGAGCUGCGAAGGCACGUUGAGACGGCAUGACUGGAAGAGGAUGUACGCUUUGCAACUGAGCUGGAUGAAUGACCGGCGCUUGGAUCAGGGCGGUAGAAUAAUCUUAUAGACUUUUCAACUUUAUGUGCCCAGACGAAUAUGUAAGGAAGGAAGGAGGGCAUGUAUCAACAUUUUUUCAACAACAGGCGUUUGACAGAGACGGGGAGGGGG